AUGGAAACCAGGGUUUAUUCUCGGGCUGUGGAAACAGAGAAUAUUGUCAGUGAUCCGGCGUCUGCAAUUCAGAUGCUGAAAACUGUUCAAGUUCCCGUCCAUCAAGCAUCUUUGCAAUCAGAUCAGAUGCAGAUGCAGCACCAACAACAAUAUAUUCAAGCAGGUGCCCAUUACAUACCUCAAUACUCUGCAGGCCCCAUGCCAGUCUCAUCUUACUAUCCCAUGUAUUAUUCAACUAUGCUUCAGCAGCAGACACAUAACCCUUAUCAGACAAAUCAGCCAUACCCAGUUUACUUAAUGCCUGUUAGGCCUCCACAAUCUUAUAAUAUGUCUAUGCAAUGUAAUUUAGUUGACACUGCAACUACUGCUCCGAGUCAACCCCAAAUGCUUCCUCCUACAUCCGUUAUCACACCUCCGGCAGCUUAUAAAGAGGUCAUGGCACCUGAAUUGACCACAAAAGUUUACAGGACAGUGGUGGGAGCAACCCCACUCGUUCAAGUACCAUCUAAUCAAAACCUUCAACCAUUGAUGGAUCUUUCUGAGACACCUCAUCCAUCCCAAUCUGUUGCCACUGCUGCAAUAGCUACCGCUAAUUACGAUAAUGAAUACGAGGAUGAUCUUGCAUACAAUCCAAUAUACAAAACUCAACCUUCUGUGCCUGCAUUGCUUUCACAGUUCCAAACCAUGAAUAAUGCUGGAACACUACUGUUAUCAGAGGCUUCGAAGCAGCCGCACGCAGACAAUGUUAAGCAGCAGGUUGGAACCCCACAGCCGCAAUGA